AUGGGUAUUCAUGUUCUUCAAAGCCAGCCCGCCCAGAAGGUCGCGUUUAAAGACUCUUCCACGGUUCGUGUGGGUAAUAAACUUGUUCGCAAUAAGCCACCCACCCAGCCCUCUGCUAUGCGACCCAAGCAUUUGGUCCGCGGCGGGUUCCAGCCGCGCCUUCCGACUUCGCUGCCGCCCCCAGGGCAGCAGCAGCAGCCGUCGCCGCUACUAUGCCGACAGCCCGUCCCGUUGAUGCCUCCCGCGCAGCUUCAUUCGGGAGCGCCCCAGGUGGUCGCUCCGGCGCCUGCGGUCCCUCUUCAGUCUCCACCGCCUUCGGAGCUGAUGGACGUCGACCCCUCAGCCGGGCCGCCUUCCCAAGCGGUGGCUGUGCACCCUGUCCUUUCCUUGGGCACCCCCAAGGAGUCUGACACCGCAGCGCCUUGUCCGGCGCCCACUCCGCAGCCGUCGACGCAGCGUCAGGAGACGCUGCCUCUCUUCGUGGGUCCCGACGCCCCGUCGCGUCCAGUACCAGAAGCUGCGCCCGUGGUCACAGGCGUGCACCCUGACCUCGGUUUUCCGUCGGUGUUUCCCGAGGCCCGCGCAGCCAAUGCUGGUGUGCGGACCGGGGACUGCCACCGACAACAGUCUCCGCCCCGGUCUCGUCCGCUACGCCUGCGGCCAGACCCCUCCCCCGCCGUCGACGCUCGCCACGUCAUUAUUCAACGACGGUGCGGCAAUUUGGGGGGGCGGAGUGUUAUAUCCUAG